AUGAACAGAGAAUUUGCAGAGAAAUACCUCAAGGCAAUUGGUUACGAACGGGAGCAAGAUGUUGCUCAGACUGCACGGUUGCUUUCCACGUUAUCGCUCCCACAAUUGGUGAAAAACGGGUUAGCAAUCAGCAAUUUGAAUCUCGAAAAUAUCAGAACCGGGUUAAGUGGAGACCUGUUUAUGGAGUUAGCGCCAAACCACGCAGUUAACGAUGAAAUACAGAAAAGUGACAUCAAAGUAGGAGAUAUUGUCGUAGUUAGGGCCAAACCGGCUUCUUCAACAAAGUCUAAGAAGUUAACGAGGGCCAAAAAACACACAAGUAAGGUACAGGAGAGUCCAGAUUCUGGGACAGAAGAGGAUGCUUCGUGUAUUGGAGUGGUCUACAAAAUGACGACUCAGCAGGUAGUCCUGACGAUAAAUGAACACCAGGAGAUACAGGCUACAAAUCUGUUACACGCCUCCAAACCACUGUAUGUCACCAAGACAACCAACACGAUCACAUACAAACGAAUGGAGUCCACAAUGAGGAAACUCGCUGAAUUCGAAGAAACUCCAUCCAACAGAAUAGUCCAACUGCUGUUAAACAUGACCACAUUCAUCCCAAACAAACCACUCACAGGGAUCAAAUACUUUAACGAUCAGCUCAAUAAAUCCCAGCAAGAUGCAAUAGCAUUUUCGAUGGAAAAUGAACUUUCCAUCAUUCAUGGCCCCCCAGGUACCGGUAAGACAUAUACUCUGGUGGAGCUGAUUCUUCAACUAGUGCUGAAUAAAAACCAAAGGGUCCUAGUCUGUGGGCCAUCCAACAUUUCUGUGGACACCAUACUGGAACGACUGUCUGCCCAUCUACCAGGUAAUUUGUUGUUGAGAAUUGGCCAUCCCGCUCGGCUUCUGAAGUCAAACUUGCUCCAUUCAUUGGAUAUUUUGACCAAAAGAGGCGACAACGGCGCGCUCUUGAACGAUAUUUAUAAAGACAUUGAUAAAACAAUCGCUGGGGUCAGGAAGUUGAAAUCCUACAAAGAUAGAAGGGAGGCUUGGAAUGAAGUUAAGACGCUACGAAAAGAACUAAGAGCCAGAGAGAGGAGUAUAGUUACUGAUCUGAUCCUCGAGGCCAAAGUUGUCGUUGCCACGUUGCACGGGGCCUCUUCCAAAGAACUGCUCAAGGCAUAUGAUGAGGUCCCCAAACUUUUUGAUACAGUAAUAAUUGAUGAGGUAUCUCAAAGUCUGGAACCACAAUGCUGGAUACCUCUGAUUUCCCAUUACAAGUCCAACAUCAGUAAACUCGUCUUGGCUGGUGACGACAAGCAACUCCCGCCAACCGUCAAGACCGAGGACAACGCCAAGUUCCAAAAGCAACUGGAGACGACAUUGUUUGACCGGUUGGUUAAAAACUAUGGGAACGUUUUCAAGAAGUUUCUGGACGUCCAGUACCGAAUGAACGAAACCAUCAUGGAGUUCCCAUCCAAAGCCAUGUACAAUGGUAAACUACUAGCGCACGAUAGUGUAGCCACUAAACUAUUACUCGAUCUCCCCGGCUGUGAUACAGCAGAAGACACAGAAGUGGCAGUGAUUUGGUACGAUACACAGGGCGACUUUUUUUUGGAAAGCGAGGAUUCAGAUUCUGCUGUAUUUGCCUCAAAAUAUAAUGAGAAUGAGGCCCUUGUGGUCAAAAGUCAUAUUCUCAAACUGAUCGGGGAUCAUGUCUCGCCGGAAUGCAUCGGCAUUAUUUCUCCCUAUAGCGCUCAGGUGACACUUAUAAAGGGCAUGAUACGCGAGAUGUACCCGAGCAUUGAGAUCUCGACGGUCGACGGUUUCCAAGGUCGAGAAAAAGAGGUUAUCAUUCUAUCAUUAGUGAGGAGUAACGAUAAGUUUGAGGUCGGGUUCUUGCAAGAAAAUAGGAGAUUGAACGUUGCUAUGACAAGACCGAAGAAACAGCUUUGUGUGGUCGGAAACAUUGAAAUGCUAGAGCGGUGCGGUAAUAAAUACUUGAGAAGUUGGGGAGAAUGGGCUGAGCAAAACGCAGACUUGAGGUAUCCUGAUAUAGAUGAUUUUUCAGAGUAG